GUUGUGUUCAGUGUAGUGAGGAAGAAGAAAUGAGUGCUUUCAAUAAGUUCAAAGCUAGUGUUCCCGUUGCAUGGAGUCCGAACCUCUAUAUAACCCUUGUGAGGGGAAUUCCCGGCACCAGAAGGCUUCAUAGGCGCACUCUGGAAGCACUACGCCUAGGCAAAUGUAACCGCACUGUCAUGAGGUGGAACACCCCCACUGUCCGGGGAAUGCUUCAGCAGGUGAAGAGGUUGGUUGUGGUUGAGACGGAAGAAAUGUUUAAGGCACGUAAAGCAAAUGAAGCCGAACACCGAGCACUACGCCCCCCUAUUGUCAUUAGUCAUCUUCCAGCUUCUGCAACCAACUCCUCUAAGCAGCCUUAGAAGGUCUCUAACAGUUAGCAGGUGAAGUCAAGUAACUUCGUGUUAAGAUCUAGCUGAGAUUCGAAUUAUGGAAAUUUGAGGUCGAAACGCACGUUUACCGUGCUUCUUAAGGUUUAUUUAAGUGUUUUCAACAUGUUUGAAGGAAAUAAUCAAGUAUAAAAUGGUGAAACUUGAAAUAUUAAUGUAUUGAACCUUUUGUUCUCCA